CCCACAAUUAAAUAUUAUCAUUUCCAAAUUAUCAUCUUCUUCUUUCUAUACCUUCUUCUCCGACGCUAAUUCUUUCGAUUCUUUUUUUUUUGCGAAGUUCCAUUUCUCUAACUAACCAUGAGCGCCGCGAUCUAUCUACUCCGAAAAUUCUCCACGAAGCCGCCUUCUCGGCUUCAUAGAAACCUCUUCCUCUCCACUUUUUCCAUUGAUUCCCCUCCAGAUUUGGCGCGAAACACCUUAAUUCGUCCCUUCUCAACUACCCACCCCACCAAAUCCAACAACAACCAUAGCUUGAUUCCUCCGCGCUUUCCCCAAUCGAAUCUCUUUUCCGAGAAAACGAAGAGUACCAUCAGCGUUUCAUCGAGAGAAUUAUCAACAUCAGUGGAAACAGACCACACUUUCGACGGUCUUAAUCCGAAUCAACUGAUUAUCGAAAGGAUACACAAAGACGGAGGAGGAGCAGAAGAGAUUGUUGAGAGAUCUGGAGGUGAAAUUGCAGAGGAGGUUGUUGUUGGUGGGGAAGAGAGUGAGGCUGAGAAGGAAGCGUGGAGGAUUCUGGAAGACGCUGUGGUUAGGUAUUGUGGUUCGCCGGUUGGGACGGUUGCGGCCAAUGAUCCCGGAGAUAAGUUGCCUUUGAAUUAUGAUCAAGUCUUUAUUAGAGACUUUGUGCCUUCUGCUUUGGCUUUUUUGCUUAAAGGACAAGGUGAGAUUGUCAGGAACUUUCUCCUCCAUACUUUACAGCUUCAGAGCUGGGAGAAAACAGUAGACUGUUACAGUCCUGGACAAGGCUUGAUGCCUGCUAGUUUCAAAGUCAGAACCGUGGCACUUGAUGAGAACACUACCGAAGAGGUUCUCGAUCCUGAUUUUGGUGAAUCUGCUAUUGGCCGUGUUGCUCCUGUCGAUUCUGGUUUGUGGUGGAUUAUUCUCUUAAGGGCAUAUGGGAAGUUAACAGGAGAUUUCUCAUUACAAGAGAGGAUUGAUGUUCAGACAGGGAUAAAGCUCAUCAUGAACUUGUGUUUAGCAGACGGUUUUGAUAUGUUUCCUACACUUCUUGUCACCGAUGGUUCUUGUAUGAUUGAUCGUCGAAUGGGUAUCCAUGGCCAUCCCCUCGAAAUCCAAUCGUUAUUCUACUCAGCGCUUAGAUGCUCCCGUGAGAUGCUUUCUGUUAAUGACAGCUCCAACAAUCUUGUAAGAGCCAUUAACAACAGAUUAAGUGCUUUGUCCUUUCAUAUCAGAGAAUACUACUGGGUGGACAUCAAGAAGAUCAAUGAGAUAUAUCGUUACAAGACAGAAGAGUAUUCAACUGAUGCAACUAACAAGUUCAACAUCUAUCCUGAGCAAAUUCCUCCAUGGCUCAUGGACUGGAUUCCUGAGCAAGGCGGGUAUCUCCUUGGGAACCUUCAACCCGCGCACAUGGAUUUCAGAUUCUUCACACUUGGCAACUUUUGGUCUGUUGUUUCCUCCUUGAGUACACCCAAGCAGAAUGAAGCUUUAUUGAACUUAGUUGAAGCUAAAUGGGACGACAUUAUUGGCAAUAUGCCUCUUAAGAUUUGUUAUCCUGCUCUCGAGUAUGAUGAUUGGCGUAUUAUCACAGGAAGCGAUCCAAAGAACACGCCUUGGUCGUAUCACAACAGUGGAUCCUGGCCAACGCUUCUUUGGCAGUUCACAUUAGCAUGUAUGAAGAUGGGUAGACCAGAGCUAGCUGAGAAAGCUCUUGCAGUGGCUGAGAAGAGACUUAUGGCAGAUCGUUGGCCAGAGUACUACGACACCAGAUCUGGGAAAUUCAUUGGAAAGCAGUCUCGGCUUUACCAGACAUGGACAGUCGCUGGAUUCUUGACUUCUAAACUCCUCUUGGCCAAUCCUGAGAUGGCGUCCAAGUUAUUUUGGGAAGAAGAUUACGAACUUCUUGAUAUAUGUGUCUGUGGUCUCAGCAAAUCUGGUCGGAAGAAAUGCUCUCGAGUCGCUGCCAAGACUCAGAUUCUUGUCCGAUGAGUGCAAAACAGUGUCUUUUCAAUCGCAAUAAGCUUUUUUUAGGAUAUAAUAUAUUAAAGGAAUUUAAUAUUUACAGAACAUGACUGUCACACAAAAUAUUUGAUUAUCUAUUGGUUUGUAUAUACUGCAAACUCUUUACAAAUUACUGCAAACUCUUUUC